AAUUUUUGAAGCUUCGGGGCGGACAAGAGCUUCUUUGCUAAAUCUCGAAGGAACAUUUUUUUCCUCGCGCUCUUGCUUUUCUGAACGCGAAUUGCUCCGCGCAGAAGGCCCCAACCACCAUCCCGAUUCCUAAUUCCUGAUCUGCACGAGCGGCAGCAGCUGUCAGUCGGACCCAAAUAAUCACACCCCUCACAAAAAAACACAAUGGGUUUCACUCCGAGAGGCCGAGGCGCACCCGGUGGUCGCGGCGGCGGCUUCCGCGGCGGUGGUGAUCGAGGCGGUCGCGGCGGCGGCUUCCGUGGCGGCGGCGAUCGCGGUGGUCGCGGCGGCGGCCGUGGUGGUGGUGGUGGCUUCCGCGGCGGUGACCGCGGCGGCAGGGGAGGUGGUCGCGGUGGACGCGGUGCUCCCAGGGGCGGCGGCCGUGGGGGUCGCGGUGGUGCCGGCGCUGGUGGAAGGAAGGUCGUGAUUGAGCCCCAUCGCCACCAGGGCGUCUUCGUCGCCAGGGGCGGCAAGGAGGACCUGCUGGCCACCAUCAACCUAACGCCCGGCGACUCGGUGUACGGCGAGAAGCGCAUCGCGGUGGAGAACAGCGCCAGGGGCGACGACGACGCGCCGGCGACCAAGACCGAGUACCGCGUCUGGAACCCGUUCCGCAGCAAGCUGGCGGCCGGCAUCCUGGGUGGCAUGGACAACAUCUUUAUGAAGCCGGGCGCCAAGGUGCUGUACCUGGGCGCCGCCUCGGGCACGUCGGUGUCGCACGUGGCCGACCUGGUGGGCCCCACGGGCAACGUCUACGCCGUCGAGUUCAGCCACCGCUCGGGCCGCGACCUCAUCAACAUGGCCACCAAGCGCACAAACGUCAUCCCCAUCGUCGAGGACGCCCGCCACCCGCUCAAGUACCGCAUGGUCGUGCCCAUGGUCGACUGCAUCUUCGCCGACGUCGCCCAGCCCGACCAGGCCCGCAUCGUCGCCCUCAACGCCAGCCUGUUCCUCAAGAAGGGCGGCGGCACCUGCAUCUCGGUCAAGGCCAACUGUAUCGACUCGACCGCCCCGGCCGAGGAGGUGUUUGCCAGCGAGGUGGAGAAGCUGAGGGCCGAGAAGUUCUUCCCCAAGGAGCAGCUUACCCUAGAACCCUACGAGCGUGACCACGCCAUGGUUACCGCUGUGUACCAGCAGAAGGAUUUUAUCCAAUGAGCGCGGGUUCCCCUGGGAGGGGGCGCCAAGUAAAAAAAAAAAAAAAAAAAAAAGAAAAUGAAAAAACCCCCAAAGCAAAAUCUUCCUGGCAUAUUGCGCAUCGCUCUGUUCAUAUAUCCUCCUUUCUCCACGGGUUCCCUUUGGUGUGGUGUUUCGACGGGUUUUGGCUGGCUUCGCGAUCUUUGUCCCUCUUGUUCUACUUUCUGUUCCAAUUUGUGUCUGUUUUCUUCGGUUUUUUUUUUCCAAACCAAGGGGAAGGCGUCCACGGCGUUAAUCAUAUGACAUGCCUACUUUGAACAUCAAAAUCUCUUCCUUGUCUGGAUAUUGCCAUGUCUGGAGAUGACUUUUCGAACGCAUCCACUAGUAUCAUGUGUUGUUGACGCAUCUCUGUCAACUUUAAAACGUCACGUCGGGGUGACGUUGACAGAUGGAUUUGUCCAAACACCCCCCCAUCAGCGUCUCCAAAAUUCGCACAUCAGUUGCUGAUUAGACAUCGCUCCGUAACGCUGUAAUGGAUAUAUAUUUCAGAGCAGGCUAGCUCUAAAAUAAGACGCCUCCAAACUCCGCUG